UAUCAUUACAAUGACAGGUCAAAGCGUAGUCUGCAGCCAUCGAAAUCGAAUCGAAGAAAUGGCUGUGAAGCGUGCCAGCUGCAAAUGCUUGGUGUGGCUAGCAACGACAUGUCGAAUGCGCUGCACUGUGCAACGGGGAAAGGGAGUAGAGCAGACGAAUGUGAGGAUGGCCGACUCAGAGGAACCGCCACGAGACAACAGAAUAACUGGGCGAGGGUGAGCGGGAAGUGGACGAGAUAGCAGGCCGCUGCAGUUAGAGAGCAGAUUGUCAGGGGUUGCUUUCGAUUGCAGCGCACAUAUCCUGCCUAUAUCCUGUUGCCUUCCCGCUCCAGCUGCCGGCAGCGGCCGACAAAUUUAAACAGCUGCAACAAUUUUUCGGUUGCCCUUUAGUUUCCAGCCUGGGCACAUCCCUUAAUGCCCGCCUGUCUCUUAUUGCUGGUUGGGGUUGCUUUCAGGAUCGCGCUCCCUGCAACAGCUCGGCUGGGGUGCAUUGGACGCUCGACGUUCAGUUGUUGUGAUCGCCAGGUGAACGAAGGUUGUGCCGCGGAGCAAAGCGAACUACAGUAUACAUUCGGAGCACGACGAAAACUGAAGAAGAGGAUCUCCUAUGUCUGGAAAAUUGAUUAUGAAACGCAAACGAGCAGAUCAGCUUAGGACUCAGCAAGCGGACCAGCAGCAUCAGCAAGAUGUGGACACUGAGUCGACUGCCGAGAAGCGCCACCGCUUGGAGCUGGAUUCCAGAUCUAAUACACCACCCGUGCAGCAGUCGCAUAGUCCAGCCAUCGAUGCUGGCGAUGCGCCGAAUAGCAUUUUGCUUGAGGCACUGCAAAAGAUCAUGGAGUUGCAGUCAGAGCUGGAUUCGUUCGAACACGAUUUGGAUGAGCGGGAGGCCGGUGCGUUUGAUAGCGAUGAAGAAGUGCAAGCAGAUGCCGAGGUGGCAGCCAACUUUCCACCCCAACCCGCAGUCCCAAAUCGACGCAGUGAGGCCGAAGCAUUAGGCUUUGCCAUGUGCGCACGCGAAACGUUGCUUUUUCUGCAAAGCGAGGGCAUCUCCACGGAGUCCGUGCUGUACAAGGCGCUACUCGGAAAGCUGGUGGGCCAGAGCGAUGGACUACUGCAUGCCUAAGCAGAGGAGCACUAACAAGUCCCGAUUUGGGACAUUCUAGUCAAUUUACUGCAAUUAUAUUGUACGUAAAACGAAUAUAGCAAAAGGAGUUGGGCCUCAGACAGCAUACGUUAUGGGUUCCAGCACUUUUUACAAAUUCUAGUUUUAAGUCAAUUAACUCUAGUCGGUUAUUGUACAGCAAUA